GUGGCGGAAGGGUAGAGAGGAGACGGCGGUCCGAUGUGUGACCUUGCAGUGUUUGUAAACAGACACACGUUGCCGUCGCGAAGUGUUACGAGUGAUCGCCAUCGCGAGCCACCCCGUGUUAUUGUUUCCGAGGAGCGACGUGCGAGGGGCGCGCGCGACCUGGCAAAUGGAAAUGGAGCCCAUGUGCAUCGUGGAGAACGAGACGGAGGGAUCUCGCGGUGAUCGGAAAGAGGGGGGCAAGAGGGGACGCAAGCCUGGAAGGAAGGCGGCGGACAAGGCGGACAUGAAGGCUAAGCUCGAACGGAGUCGGCAGAGUGCGAGGGAGUGCCGCGCGCGGAAGAAGCUGAGGUAUCAGUACCUGGAGGAGCUCGUAGCCGAUCGUGAGAAAGCAGUAAUUGCUCUACGAAAAGAGCUCGAAAUGUAUCGUCAGUGGACGCAAGAAUUGGAUGCCGGACAAGUCCCCGAAGGACUACAAGCGAUGUUGGAGGAAUUCGGCUCGUUGAAGCGGGAACAGUCCAGCAGCAACUAAGCUCAAGCAAGGAGGCGAGGAAGAAACGUGGAUCGAGCAGUUUACAUUGUUAUUUCGAUCGAAAUCCCCCUCUCGCAUAAUCGAGCUUAUUUUCCGUCUUCUCUUCUCUUCCUUUCUCUUUCACGGUUCUUCGAGGCAGUAGACUAUUUUAAUUGGCUUGCAAUUUGAAAAUUUCUCUUUGCGUUCCUCUAUUCGCUAAUUUGUUAAAGAAAUCGCAAAUGUAGUCGAUUUUUCGGUUUGUUUCGACGAUUUUUUUCGUUUUUUCGACUUUUUUCAUGCGAUAGAGAGAUUCCUCUUGUUAUUUUCUCUCGAUUUUAUCACGAAAAGCGGAAUCGUCUCGAAUUACCUCGUUACCUCAUGCGUUAUUCUUUUUUGUACGUACGUUUUGUUAUCGCGACUCGUUGACACAUAUUUUUUAAAGCUCGUUGAUUAAAGACAUUGAUCGGUCGAUUAUCUACGGCCUCACGCUUAAAAUAUACCUCCCUCGUACGCGAUUGUUGCGCUGUAAGAAAGUAUAGAUAUAUCGCUGUUGUUAUACGCCGCGAAAGAAAAAAACAAUCGUUGUGUAUCAUACAAAGUCUAUAUUCAGUGUCUGUUCAAAGAGCGUCGUUGCGGAAGCUUCUCGUUGACUGUUUAUCGAUUUGUUUAAAUUUACUGACACACGGUAUUCUUGUACCGUGGAAAAUUAUCAUUUUGUACAAAUCUCAGCGUCAUUACAAAAGUUAAUUCGUAUAUGUGUGCACGGAAGAGUCUAAUUAUCGAAUAAAACCGAUAUUUUUCGAUGAAGAUUAA